GAGCUCCUCUCAGCCCCCUUUUCUCCAGUCCUGGAUCCUCAGCUGCUCCUUGACGUUCAUUCCAGCCCUUGCCACCUGCUCAGCUGGCCCCAUCUGGGUACAUUUAAGUACCUGAAUGUCCUUAAAUGGUGCAGACAGAGCUCCAAGUGGGGCUGCAGCAGCGCUGAACACAGUGGGAGAUUCCCUCUUUGGCCAGUUCCUAUCCGGAAGCGUAGGAAAGAAACGCAGCGUGUAAAAUCUGGAAAUGGAGAAAUGAGACUUCAGUGGGACUCACUCAGCGCCUCUGGAAAGGAAAAGAUCUGGUUUUCUCUUCUUCCACUUGCUGUCCUGGUGUCUCCGUCAGCCAGAAUGUCCCAUUUUGUGCUGUUUCACUGGAUGAUGAUACAGAUCUUUAUAGCACACACGGUGUCUGAAGCAGUUGUGAGAGGAACAACAGGACGACCUGUGACACUGCCCUGCUCCUACCGCGUGACGCGGCGCUCGGGCAUCUCCGACAUGUGCUGGGGCAGAGGCCCCUGCCCCAAUUCAAAGUGCAGCAACAAAAUUUUGCACACCGCUGGCAGUAAGGUGACGUUCAGAGCGUCGCAGAGGUACAACCUGCACGGCUCCGUGUCCUUCGGGGACGUGUCCCUCACCAUCGGGGCGGUGAAGGCGGAGGAUGCGGGCAUUUACUGCUGCCGUGUGGAGAUCCCCGGCCUGUUCAACGACAUCAAGCGGAACAUACGGCUGGAGGUGGCCAGAGCCCCUCCGGUGACCACCACAACCACCACCACCACAAAAGAUCCUGUUUUCUCCAAAUAUAUUACAGAAACAACUUUUGCUCCUCAAGCAACCUCUGAUCUCCAGCCAACACCAGAGACUGCAGUCUGGCUGACAAACAGCAUCCUUCUACCAGAAACCACAGCUCCCGAGUCUCCAACAGUGACUACAGGGGAGAUCUCUUCUCCCUCAACAGUUGCUAGCACAGAAAAUGACAUUUUUCCUGUAACUAUGGUGGAAACGAGUGCUCCCCCAGAUUUUCCAACUACUUCCCAAGCAGCUGAUGUGAUGACUGAAGAUGUCAUGUUCUGCUCCACACUCCCUGGAAGUACAGAGGUGACUUCUGAACUCCCAGGUACACUUCCAGCUUCAGUGAUUACUGAAUUCCCAGGUACACUUCCAGCUGCAGAGGAAACCACCAGCUCUGUCAUGAUGGAAGAGAUGUCAGUCAUGGAGGUUUCAGCAAAUUCAGAUGGCAGUGCUGGGAAACAUGAAGAUAGACGAGAUAAGUUUCCCAGCUCUGCCAUUCUCAUUGCCUGUGUCAUAGGGGGGUCAAGCCUUCUCAUACUGAUGAUCUCGUUGGUUUGGAAACGUAAACAGGCAAAGAAGUUUACAGUAAAAAGUGUUGGACCACCAGAAGAGACAGACAAAGUUUUCAGUGGUGCUGAAGGAGAAAACAACAUUUUUUCCCUGUGAAGAGCUCCUACAUCAUCUGCAGAUGCCAUGGGAAAUAAAAAGGGCCUGUUCCAUGCUGCACUGAGAGAUACUUGUGAGCCCUCAAAAUAUCAGUGGGUAUAAAACAAAGGCCAAAGCUUCAACUAUGAAAAUUUAAAAUCUUUGUGCAAAUUUUCCCAUGUCACCCUUAAAACUCAUUGCAUAAAGAAGCUUAUUUGAGAAGGGGCUUUAUGCAUUAUUCAUGGAUGCUUCUGGCAUCUGCCUUCUUACUAACACCAUGUUGCACAAUUGAAUUCAUUUUUCUCCAUUUUUACUAAUGCUCUUCCUUGAAUGCAACUUGUACUGUGAGGAACAGCAAAGAUCACAUGGAAGGCUGCCUAUCUUCAAAUUCCCAUAAAGAAAGAAAAGGAAUCAUAAAAUACAGUUUUUAAUGCUUUUAUGUAAUCAACAGAAAAAUUAGGCUACAAGAAUGCUGCGAGUUUAAAUAAAAAUUGCAGAUUAUUUAAGGGGUAUCACUACUGCCUGUGAUUCAGCAUAUUUGAAUAACCCUUGGAGAAUAUAUUAAUAAACUUUGUAAUUUGUCGCUGGCAA